AUGCAUAAGAACCCCAAGAAGCCUUGUUCUAAAGUUGAAGAGAAGCAGGACGUUCUGCAGAAACUGGAGAGUCUGAAGCCUCACAGUGACGAAGAGGAGAAGAAGUCUGACAACGUGCCUCAGUUGGUCAGAGAGCAGGUGGGCGGCAAGGUGCUUCCGUUUGGCUCCUUUGCCAUGGGCCAAAACAUGAAGGACGCAGACAUCGACCUGCUGUGUGUGGGACCACGCUUCAUCCCACGGGAAAUCUUUUUCUCCUCUUUUGUGGAGAAACUAAGGACAACAGCAUGUUCAAGUCAAACAUGUUCAUGA